UUGUUAGUAGCUUGUUGGAGAUGUUGUUAGUACUGAUGAUUUAUGUCUCAUUGAUCUAUGAUCUUCUUGUUAUUAUUGUUUGUAUUCAUGUUCUUGUUAUUGUGUUAAAUAUAUUCUAUAUUUAUGUUAAAUAUAUACUCUAUAUUAAUUGUACAAAUAUUGUUUCCUAUUGUAGAAUCCUACCAUGAUUAGGAUUAGGAAAAGGUUGUAUAUAUAAACCCAUGUACUCCCACUUUAUUAUUCAAGGAAAAUCACAAUUCUUGACAUGGUAUCGGAGCCAUAAUUCUCAAACCAAAAACCCUAACCCUACCUCCUCUUCCUCUCUCUCUCGGCGUGCCCUUCUCCAGCCGCUCAGCCACCGCCGCCCUCCUCUCUCUCGGCGGACUGUCCUCGGCGACGGCACAGCCCCACGUCGGCGAAACCUCACCUCCUCCUUCCAUAUGGAUUCCUCCGACAAAAAUACAGAAAAUUCAAUCUCCUCCUCCUCCUCCAAUCCCCCUCAUCUCGAUUUCACCACAAUCUCCAACGUCAAGCUUCAUGUCCCGAUUCAGCUGAGCUUCUCUCAGCCCAAUUACAAAAAGUGGAGCCGACUUUUUCUUCUCCUGGUGCGCCGAUUCACUCUCCACGGUUUUCUCUCGGGUUCUUCAUCUCCCUCCUCUGCCGACGAUGAUGAAUGGUACCGGCUUGAUGCCCUGAUCCAAGGGUGGAUUCUCUCUACUAUUUCUGACGAAGUCUCAGAUCUGGUCAUCUCCACCACCUCCACCGCAGCUGAAUUAUGGCAGGUUAUUCAUGCACUUUUUCAUGACAACAAGCAUGCUCGGGCAAUGCAACUCGAGCACCAGUUUCGAACCACCAUCAAGGGUACGAUGACUAUGGCCACGUACUGUCAAACCCUUCGGAACAUUGCCGAUUGGUUGGAUGACGUCGACGCCCCAGUCUCUGAGUCUCAACUCGUGCUCCAAAUGCUUCGGGGGUUACCCAAAGAUCUCCAGGCUCAGACGUCAUUCCUGCAAUUCCAACAACCGCUGCCCAACUUUCUUCAGACCCAAUCAGCCCUCCUGCUCCUUGAUCGUCAACGGCAAAGCAUUGCGGACGAUGCCGGGACAGCCCUCCUGGCCGGAAGAACUGGCGGCCCUCCCUACGGCACAAGCAGCGGCGGCUUUGGGCGUGGCAAUGGAGCGCCUGGCAGCGGGCAUAACGGCGGAAGUGGUGGCCGCGGACAGCAGGGGUGCAACUACGGUCGUGGUGGAGGCGGCCGUGGACGUGGACGAGGAAGAAACUCUGGCUCGCAAUGACACCCGCAGGAUGGCUACGUACCUUGGAACAACUCACCGCAACUCAACCCCGGCUCGGGUCUCCUCGGCCCGCACCCACCUAACCCUACCCAUCCAAACGCCCAUGCCUACUACACCUGCAACCCUAACCUUAAACACCCACCCCACCCCUACGGCCAAACAACCUACCCAGUGUAACACCCUAAUCCGUCCAGGCCCUUAAACUAUAAAUAGUUUAAUGCAGAACACAAGAAUCGAUAAUCCACCCUAUGAGUCAUGUGGAUUACGUACCAACCGAACAGUGAACUGUCGGGUGGGUGAUAUCCGUUCUGGAUCCCGUACGUACGUUUUAACCCGAAAUAUGAAUUGGUCAAGUAGGUAUAUCUUAGAGUUAUUCUGGAUAUCCUUAAUAAUCAUCAUCAAUAUACAAGUGGGUAUAUC